AUGAAUGACGGCAUAGUACUUCAAAGUCAAUUAAGACCAAUGCCGAAUGAUGAUUCAGCUGCCAUGCCUAUGAAAUCUGCUCCAUCGGUAUCAUCAUUAGGAACCAAAAAACAAAAUUAUCUUUACAAAUAUGCACUUUUUGGCCUAAUUUUUCUUUUUCUACUCGUCAUUCUUAUUCUCGUAGCCGUCAUUGUUUCAAAAAUGUCUUCUUAUUCUGCAAUACCAAUACCAAUUGCAUCUACAAUGACGCGCACUAAUGAAUCAUUGGUAAAAAAAGAAUUAUCUUCAUUAGUGGAUUCGAUCACACUUGAAGACAUGCUUAUUCAUCUUCGACAAUUUGAGAGUCGUGCGAUGGGAACAGUUUCAUUUAAUCGAACAAUUGAUUAUGUCACAUCACAAUUGAAUAAAGAAAAUUAUUUUAAUAUUCAAAAAUAUUAUUUUUCUGUUCCUCGUGUUGAACUCGGUGCUAAUCCUAUACUUAUGUCUGUACCUAAUAUAUCGAAUGCAUCGUUAUUUACAUUCCCAAAAGAUUUCGUUCCUAUGGAUCGUUCGACUGCGGCUCGAAAUUGGUCAUUGAUUGAUGGCCGACCAUUAUCAGUGGUGGCAAGUUUAGGUUGUUAUUUAGAAGAUUGGAAUACAACAAAAGAAGGUGAUGUAGCAUUAGUUCGACGAGGUAACUGUACAUUUGUACAUAAAAUUCUUCUGGCAACACAGAAACGAGUUAGUGCAUUUCUUGUUUACAAUGAUGGACUUACAAUAGAACGCGUAGAACCAUUGAACAAUACUCGUGCACCAAAAAAUAAUACUCUACCAACAUUGUUUCUUUCAUAUGAAGCAGGCAUGCGCCUUAUUUUGGGAAACAUUUCUCGUAUUUACAUACGUGUAGAGUUUCAAUCCCUUCCGCCUGCUAUUGUAACAAAUGUAUGUGCAGAUACAAAACAAGGCAAUGCUAAUCGAACUAUUGUGGUUGGUAGUCACAGCGAUAGUGUAUCAGCAGGUCCUGGUCUAAAUGAUAAUGGUAGUGGAAUGGCAGCUACAUUAGCGAUGGCUUUGCAUUUAGCCCAUUUAUUAGCGCAUACAAAUUAUGCAACAAAAAUGAAUUCACGUAUUAAAUUCUGCUGGUGGGGCGGAGAAGAAGCUGGUCUAUUAGGUUCACAAGAUUUUGUCAAACAAGCUAAAACUGAUGGCUCUCUUGGCUCAUACUCUGUGAAUCUUAAUUUUGAUAUGUUAGCAUCACCCAAUUUUAUUUUCGGUAUUUACGAUGGUAAAACAGCAAAUAAUCAAACAACUCCACCACGUGCUAUACCUGGCAGUAAUCGAAUAACACGUUUAUUUGUUGAUUAUUUCGAACAGAAUCGUUUACCAUGGGAUUAUACUGACUUCAGUGGUCGAAGUGAUUAUGGUCCAUUUCUUGCUGAAGGCAUUGCUUGUGGAGGCCUCUUUGCUGGUGCUGAUGAUAUUAAAAAUCAAGAACAACGUGAUCGAUAUUUGAAAAUGUUGGGCUCAACAUUAGGUGGAAUGGCAAAUACAGAUCUCGACCCAUGCUAUCAUCGAAAAUGCGAUACAUUAGAAAAUCUAAAUACAUUUGCUUAUUUACAUAUGACCAAAGCUGCUGCUUAUGUACUUGAGUUUCUUGCACAACUUCAAGAUCUUAAUCAUUGGCUUUAUCCGUAG